AGCCAGUAACCCAAGCAGUGGUGGGGCCAGGGAUCUCGGUGGGUCCGUGUGGACCCACCAGUCAUCUUGACCCACGAAAAAGGUCGGGCAGAGAAAGGCUCGGAAAAAAGGAAAGCAGGAAUAACGGGCACUCGCCAAGCAACCAAUCUAGCAACCAACCACUAGUCAGGCAGGCAGCCAACCAGCCAUGGUCCAUGGUCCAUGGAACGGAGAGCCUGAUACUGAAGGUGGGCUGAUGAUCCCUGGGCGGUCCUGGAACGCAAGCGUGAGCCAGCGAGUGCCGGCGUGCGCCAACGCCGCCGCCCCAGUGAUGGGCCGAGCCCGAGGCCAAGACGGAGGGAGAGUCCCUUCUCCUCGUCGUCAUCUUGAAAAAGCAAAGUUCCUGGCUGAGGAAUUCGCCGUUGGUCGUCAAUGCCUGAUAGGUUGCGUUCCAGGCCACACCACUAGGUUAUCGCUCCAACUUCUUGCGGAGCCCGAAGCCUUAAAGCUGUGAGUUCGAAUCUGGGGCUGAAGCACCCGUGAAAUCCCCCGCCAUCAAUUUGGGUCCGGAUUAGGUGAAAUCGUGGGUCGGGCCCUAUGGCAUGCACGAUUGAGUUCUGACCGUUCUGACUCAUCGGGCCUUCCCGUUGGCCAACGCCAGCUUGUCGCUUGACAUCCGAUCGAAAUCAUCGCACAGUCUCAGCAGCAGCAUGACGUCGGGGUAUCGCGAUCCGACCCUGUCACCCAUUGAAGAUCCCACUCAAUUAGAGGAACUCUUUCCCCGAUGUACACCCAAGACCACGCCCACCAACACGCCUUCGGCUCGGAAGGCCAAUAAGACACUUCUCUCCGACGGUUCGAAUCCCGACAAGAAAUCGACCGAAAAAAAGCGACGGACCAAGAAAAAGGGCACCAAAAAGACCACCCAUCCACCCGUGGCACCCGUAGCACCCGUGGCGCUCGUGGGCGAUGUGGCCGUGGAUAAUAUUCUGGAUCUAAAUUUCUCCCAUGAGACACUACCCAAUGUCAUGGCCGUACGCCCCUCGCCCCUGGGAUUGGGCAAUCACAAUGUGAACAUGGUUCUCAGUCCCACCACCACGCCCCCAUCGUGGCAAAUGUCGCAAUUAGGCGAAACCAAGAUCCCUAAUCCACACGGGGGAUCUGUGAGCUCGCUCGAGCCUCAAACCUCUGCGCCCAAUUUUCCCGCCUCACAAUCCAAGCUGAAAGAUACUAAGAUCGAAAUUGCAGGUGGACGCGAGGUCUAUUCUCAAAGCCGCUCAAGAGUGGGUAGAAACAAGAACCGUGGCGAAUCCAAAAGAGUCCCACCGCCUGUCAUUGAUAUCUUGUCCGGUGACGAUUCAUCUUCGAACCAUGGUCAGCAUGAUGCUCAGAACAAGAACCGUGUGAAAGAAACGGUGUUCUCGUCGGAAGUGCACUCCUUCGAGUACGACAAGCCCGAAGCCGAAGUUCCGCGGAGACGGUCCUACGAGACAGAUGUCGAUGGAAAUAGUGUGGUGUACCCUAAUUUGUGUGGCCUGGAUGUGAAUGUCACGUAUGAUCUAAUUGACGGCGAGUUUCCACCUCCAAGUGGAUUGACAGUGCGUCCUGGUGACGAAUCAAUCAUAGGCAAAAAUGGCAGUGAAUGCAUGGAUGACCCAACUCCCGCAAGUCAAGGUGACCCGUCGAUGAGCCUGGAUCUGUUGUCUCAAUCGCCCCCUCCGCCUCCUCUUGCCCGACAAUCGGGCUCAGAAGGCCGUCAUUCUCGAUCGGGAGAAAGCCCCUCACAACACGUGUCACGUGGCAACGGUGGGUCCAAAGGACACAUGGGAGGCAUAGCCAUCGACGAGUAUGAAGGCUCCCCGAGUCGAUAUCGUCCUCGAUUUGAUGGAGACAUGAUGGAACAACAAACCCCGAUGUCUCAAUCAGAUAGCCGCCCUAGUACAAAUUCUGUGGUGGCUCCCAUGGCGCAUCAAGACUCGCGAGAAUCGAUCCAUAGACCCGAGUCUUCGAGUAACUCCACACUCUCCACCCCGUCUUCGUCAGUCUCGGGGAAGGUGCAAAAAGCCCGGAAGCGAGCUCCGAAUAACCACUGCGGUGGAAAACUUUCAUCCCCACAGACAACGGUGGUCCCUAUGUCGAGCAAUAGUGGAGGACAUGUCAUGGCUUCAUCAAGGCUUCCUGGAUUUCCGCAGCGUGUUUUGCCCGCCACCUCUGAUACCCAAUCCACGCCCUCUUCUUCAUCUUCGAAAGAGGAAUCGCCGCUCAGUGAUCACAAGAGUUCGAUCGGAGCUGCUCAGAGCUCGCCAUCUUCUUCGUCAACAUCGUCCUCAAAAUCAAACACAUCCAAGAGACGUUUCAAGGCAUCCAAGGAUCAUCAAGAUAAUCCCAAUCAUCAUUCCCAACAAUUGGAUCCAAGACUCUCCUCGACCCAAAACGCCGCCGCUCUGAUUGCCUCCUUGCCCACAACCAUGUCGGCCACGUCUGAGCAGCAAUUGCAUUACCAGCAACAGCAGUUUCUUCAACAUCAGAAAGAACUUCAACACCAGCAGGAGCAUCUACAAAAACAACAACAACAGCAGCAGCAGCAGCCUCAAGUGCAGCAGCACCUUCUCAAUACGAGUUCAACCUCGUCUUCGAUGAUACUUGAGACGGGCAACCGACUAAAUGUACAGGCAAGUAAACAAGGGAACGAACCGGAUGUUACUAAAGCCGGAGGAAGUGUUGUUACCUCGGCAGGAUCUUCAGCAUUUGAGCCCCCUAAGGUCGCCCCAAGCCACAUUGCUACCGAAUCAAGUCACGAUCUGAUCAGUCAAGAAACACUUCUUAAGUUUGAUGAUGUCUCGACAGAAAGGCGAGACACUUCGUCCAAUAAGACGAGCUCUGACUUGUACAAUUAUCAAUAUGAGUUCAGCGAGACCAGGAAGGUACUGGAUGAGUUCUUUCCGGAAACCAGAAUUCCAUCCAGCACGAGUAACAUUUCAUAUCAAAACUCAACCUUGGAAAAGACCACUCCACCUCCGAGCGAGUUCAGGGAUCUCAAUUAUACGCUAAGACGUCGCACAAGUCCAGAGGCGACCUCGACUGAGAACGAACCGUUCACAAGGGAGGGCCAAGAUCUCUCUGGGAACGAGAGUGGGGGGAAUCAGCCCACGGGCACUGCGUUUCUCAAUUCCAUACAACAGCCCCAUGUGGGCCUGUCACCCUUGGAUCAGCCUCUCGUAAACAUUGGCAAUGGAGGAUCAAUCCAAGGCAGUGAGAAUCAAGCCGCCUCCCCGGGCUUAAUGAAAAUCCAAAGAAACGCCACUGUGCAGCCAUUGGCGCAACAACAACAUCAGCAUCCCCAACUUGGUGGAGGAAACAACAGCCACAAUUGUGAUACUGGGUACGCCACGCUAAACUCCCCUGAGGCAGCCUCUCGAAUCAGUCAUCCUCCCAAAGGAGCUCCUCAUCAUGGUUUUCACCGCGGUUCCGAUGCGGCAUUUGGCGGUAAUGGCGGUAACGGAGGCCAGACGAACAACUGUGAUUGCUCCCGCAAUUUUACUCUCUCUCCCGAGACUACCGACUGUGAUUCAGCUGAUCUGGAAUCUGAGGUCUCCAUGAACGAGGGAUCAUUUCAUUCCUCGGGCCCACGAUUGCACACAGCUAUGCCCAUUCUUGAGGACGGGCUUUCCUCCGGUCACGCCUCGGAUCUUGAGGAAGAUGUCAUCUAUUCAAGCUCUGGUUCCAUGGUUUUGAAGAAGAGCUCUCCCAGCAAUUCCAACAAUGCCCAUCUGAACAACGGACACGUGAUCAACUCAUCAGAGUUUGCCGUCAACUCGCCCUCAGGUGCAACAACAACAACAACAACAACAUCAACAACAAUAGUUCCAACAGUAACUACACCGACAUCAAAUCCAUUGGCAACGACGGCGACGGCGUCGAACAAUCUUGGAGUAAAAGGAGCCAAAAACCAGACCAAGGUCGUGAACCGAAAUGGAAUCGUCAAGGGUCAAAUCAAUGCCGACUCCAACCCAACCGUGAUGGUUUCCAACCUUCAAAUCCAGCGAUCGCCCACGGCUGCCUCCCACCAAGCCCAUCCUCCCCCUCAAGUGGUUAGUGGUGAAAUGGGAUGGGUCAAAACGAAGCCCAGGACCGGUCCGUGGUGGCAGCUGCAAGACAUUAAAAUGGCCUUACAAUCAUCAAAAACCACGAAUCCACAUGACCGACAUGGCAUGACCGCCUUAAGUGCCACCCGAAUCCCCCGUCCUCGUCUGAGGUCGUCAGUGAUGGCCUCACGGAUUCCUGGCAUUCACGAAAGUAACGGGAACAGACGUGGACCACCCAGCUCAAUGGACUACUCCACGUCCCAGGUACCUCCGCCCCUCACUGCCUCGGAACUGGAAGACAAUCUCGAAGAUGAAGAUGAGGAGGACGAGGAAGACGAUGAGGACGAAGAAGACGAAGAGGAAGAGGUCGGCAGUGAUGAAUUGGAAGAUGAGGACGAGGAUGAAGAGGAAGAAGGUGAUGACAUAGAGGAAAGACCUGAGGACAUCAUUGAAGAACGAGUUCCUACGCCAAAAAAUGCUAAAGACAAUGAGGACGAUCUGGAUACGGACCAAGAAACCGACCGACUUCUAGGUCAACAGUACAAUGACGACAAGGGAUACUUCGACUCAAAGGUUUGGCAGCGUCCUUAUGCCAGUCGCGUCAAUGCGCCUUACCCGGGUAAUCCCAGACCCAUUAACAAUGGCCACUUAGCUCCCCGACCCAUGUCUUAUCAUGAGCAACCUGCCCCACCCACUCCCACUAUGAUAUCCGCCCCACCCAUCAGUGCCUCUCUCCCUACCUCGCCUCAAGGUCAUGACGAGGACUUUGAAUACGACGACGAUGAUGAUGACAUCGAUUGUCCGGCAUGCCGCCUUCAGAACGAGAUUGCCAAGAAGAAGGGAACCACGUCCAAGACCAAAGAAGCUGUUACCGAUCCCAAAGUCCUAAUCGAAGGUGUAUUGUUCCGAGCUCGAUAUCUUGGAUCCACUCAACUGGUCUGUGAAGGCCAGCCCACCAAGGCCACACGAAUGAUGCAAGCUGAAGAAGCGGUUUCCAGGAUCAAGGCUCCUGCAGGCGAGAACCAGCCUUCAACCGAAGUUGAUCUGUUUAUCUCAACCGAGAAGAUCAUGGUGCUUAAUACAGAUCUAAAGGAAAUUAUGAUGGAUCAUGCGCUUCGAAGUAUCUCAUACAUUGCCGACAUUGGUGAGCUUUUGGUGAUAAUGGCCAGACGAAGACUCAUUCCCAAUGAAGGUGAAGAAGUCCAGGUGAUAGGGACCACUCCCAAGAUGAUCUGUCACGUGUUCGAAAGCGAUGAGGCUCAGUUCAUUGCCCAAUCGAUUGGACAGGCUUUUCAAGUGGCUUACAUGGAGUUCCUGAAGGCUAACGGCAUCGAUGAUCACUCGUUCGUCAAGGAGAUGGACUAUCAGGAAGUUCUCAACUCACAGGAGAUAUUUGGAGAUGAACUGGCCAUGUUCGCUAAGAAGGAACUUCAAAAGGAGGUGGUGGUUCCCAAAGCCAAAGGAGAAAUCUUGGGCGUGGUCAUCGUGGAGUCUGGAUGGGGAUCCAUGUUACCCACCAUUGUUCUGGCCAAUCUAUCGCCCACAGGUCCCGCCUCGCGAUGUGGACAACUCAAUAUUGGAGAUCAAAUCAUCGCCAUCAAUGGUAUAUCCCUAGUCGGUCUUCCCCUGUCUACUUGUCAGAAUUAUAUCAAGAAUACCAAGAACAAGACAGCUGUCAAACUGACGGCUGUUUCUUGCGCACCCGUGGUUGAGGUCAAAAUUAAACGUCCGGAUACCAAGUACCAGUUGGGAUUCUCCGUUCAAAACGGUGUGAUUUGCAGCCUUCUUCGUGGCGGAAUUGCUGAGCGAGGCGGGGUUCGAGUUGGUCAUCGGAUCAUCGAGAUCAACGGACAAAGUGUGGUGGCUGUGCCUCAUGAGAGGAUCGUCAAUCUCUUGGCCACAUCGGUGGGCGAGAUAACUAUGAAGACGAUGCCUACAUCCAUGUUCCGAUUGUUGACUGGCCAAGAAACGCCCAUGUACAUCUAAGAUUGGCAAACGGCCCUCGAUUGUAGGUCACAAACUGGGUCACAUUUUCAGACAAGCUUAUCACCUCAUCACCCCCCGAACAAGACGAAAAGUCGGAUUUCGACUUGACCCAUUCUUAAAGGCAGCGAAAAUGAGUGUCUCCAAUUAACUCAAUCUUACAAGUGCAUUGAGGUGUUGUACUUCUUCAAAUACCCUUGCCAGACUCGAGUCAGUACGAGAAAGGGAAUUAAGAGAACUCCAAAGUUCCACUCGCUCAGGGUCUUUGAGAGAAGCGCUCUAAAGAGGGGUGAAUGUGGAGAUAUUAUUAAUGGUGUGUCGUUUACUACUACUACUACUUCUACUGCUGCUCUAUUGAUGGAGGAUCGUGAUAUUCCAGACAUUUCCCCCAGUCAGUUGAGGUCCGUUCAUGCACGAUUUCGAGGAGCUGUUUGAAUAACCAUGAUUAAAAAGUCGCAUAAGUUGUCAUCGCGGAUAAUUAUUUUUCUAGUGUAGUUCAACUUCAUUCAGCUUUAAUUUACACCCAAAAAUUCCACUCACCAAGUUAACCAGCUUUAUUGACAUCUUUUCCCCCAUGAUUGUUGUUAAGCUUUCCGCGAUAGAAACGUCAAAACCAAGACUAUGAUAUAUUUUGGUGUUAUGGUCACCUUGGCUAAUAACCACCGUCAUCAUUUCUAUCGCCCUCACAAGGUAUACUUUUACAUAACCACUGGAAUUAGUGUACCAAACCCACUUUGCAUCCCGGUCCAUCUCAGUCAUCUUUAACACACCAUAGCUCCACGUUUGUUAUUUUUAUUAUCUUUAACAUCAUGAUCAUCAUAAUUAUUAUUACUAUUAAAACCGCUACUCUCAUUAUUCCUACUCCUACUAAUCUAGUCUGACGUCCUAUUUGUGCCAUGAAAACUCACCGAAUCAUAUCAAAGCCCUUUUUAUGUGACUUAACCCAUUCUCAAAGUACCCGAAUCCUGUUACGAAUAUUGUUUGAAGUUCCAUAGUCAUAGAUAAAGAUAUCAGUCAGUCGCAAGCUAUCGGUUCUUUGGACUAGAAUGGUCGACGACCUUGGGCAAAGUUCCAGCAUUCCUCCCACCCAACCAACUACCCACCAAAAAACACAACCAACCAAGAUGUAGUCAAAAACGACUCGUUGAUGAUGAAAGAAAAGGCCUUCUCCUUUGUACUAAUGUUUGUAUUUGAAUCACAGGGACCGAUGUUUCCCUUGAGUGGAAUGUGUCCGUUCAGUUUCAUAGUCAACCAUUCCGAAUUUUAAUGUUGUUAACAAUCCUUCGUUGGAGGAGAAUAAAUUAUUACAAUCAAAA